UUCGGCACCUGCGCAUACCUGCGCUUCCUACCUAGCUACUUGCCCGCCGACGUGUGGCACCCAGCCGCCAAACCCCAGGCGGGAUGAAGCAGCCUCGCCGCGGGGGCGAGCCGGGCACAGCAGCCGCCUUCUGCUGCGCGGUGCUGGCAGUACUGCUGUUCACCCAGUCAGCGCUUGCCGACAAGAGCGUGACUCGGAACGCCGUUGCUACGGACGCAGCAGUCGCGAACGAUGAGCAGCCCCAUCACGACACCUUCAGCAGCGGUCACACAGAUCCGUUGGUGGCUCAAGAGGUGGCGCAAGAGGCCACACCGCCGCCGCCGCGCUACCGACGCCCCCCGCCGUCGCCGUUCAGCAAGACGACGCGGCCCCCACGCCCCAUCACCAUUGCCAACAGCCCCUCGACGCCUCCGCCUCCUCCAAACCCGCCGCCGCCGCCGCCGCCAGUCAUUACGCCCCCGGCCACCGCCGGAAGCUUUGUCAAGCUGGAUACUUUGGCCCCUGUAGUGGCGCUGGCCAUGUCCAAUGUGCCCUUCACACGCAAGUACCUCCUGUUCGAGAGGGCCUACGGCCCCAGUGAGGUUGCUAUGGGUUUCGUGGUGCGUCCCACCGGUGGCACAGUGGAUCUUGACACCAACAAGACCACCAACUUCAGCCCCGCCUACAACCCCGGCUGCUCGGGCGUGGGUCACCUGCCAGACAACAAGAUCUACACGUACGGCGGUGACGUGCCCAGUGCGCCGCGCGGCAUGGGCGACGGCCGCAACAAGAUCAUGGUCUUCGACCCCGCGGCCAACAAGUUGGUUGUGGUGGGAACGAUGCAGAAGAACCGCUGGUACCCCUCACCCCUCACCCUCAUCAACGGCAAGGUUUUAAUUGUGGGCGGGACCGACAUUGGUCUCGUGCCGCCCACGUGGGACUUUGCGGAGCUGUGGGACCCGGCGGCGCCCGCCAGCCCCACCGUCAAAGUCACCAUGCCCGCCAACUUGGUCAAGUACAUGGGACUCAACUGGUACCCUUUCAUGCAGCUGCUGUCAAACGGCGACAUCCUGUGGUUUGUGGAGAAGGGCGGCGCCAUCACGGAUGGCAACUUCAACCACAUUGUGGACCUGCCGCCCUUCCCGGCCUCAAUCACGCACUGCACCAUGUUCCCCAAGACCUCGUCCAUCUCGGUCCUGGCCAUGGGACCGCCCACCUACGACCUCAGCUUCGUCAUCUUCGGAGGCGGGGAUUGCAGCAACAGUGCCACAAUCAAGAGCGUUAACAUCCCCCCGGCCGCAAGCACCAGCCUGCGGCUGGACAUCACCAAAUGCGGCUCAAGCUACUGCUUCACUAAAGGUUGGGAGGUUGAGGACAUGCUGGGUGUUCCGCGAGUGAUGGGCGACUCCACUCUGCUGCCCAACGGCAAGGUGCUGCUGCAUGGAGGAGCGCAGUUUGGCGGCGCUAACUCGGGUGAGGGCUGGUCCACCAAGGCCAACUUCCAGUCGUUGGUGUACGACCCAUACAAGCCAGCCGGGCAGCGGUACAGCAAGAUGGACUUUGCGCCCAUCGCGCGCGUCUAUCACUCCGCCAACUGCCUUGACCCCAGCGGCAAGGUGCUGGUGGCGGGCUGCGAGAACUGCGGAGCCUACCAGCAGCUGGCCACGGGAAUGUCGCUCAGUCCCAAUGCGCCACUGGAGAUGCGGCUGGAGUUCGCGGUUCCUGUCGAGAUUGGCACCGGUGUGGUGCGACCCAUCAUCAUUGCCGCACCCGAGGCCAUCACCAAGGGCACAACGUUCAAGGUGUCGUACUCCUACCCUGGCGGCGGCGCCAUCACACGUGUGGCACUGGUUGCCCCCUGCGCCGCCACCCACUCUAUAAACAUGGGCCAGCGUGUCAUCUACCUGCAGGUCCUGUCUGCAACCCCUGCGGGCACGCUCACUGUGGCGGCGCCGCCCUCCGCCCUCAUGGGCAAGGCGCUGUUGGGGCCCUUCCUGCUGUUCCUGGUCGCGGACGGCGCAGCACUAGGACCUGUGUACAGCGAGGGAGUGUGGCUGACACUGAAUUAAAGCAUGCACGAUAUCUUAGGACCAUGAGCGUACGUUGGCAAAGCAAACAGCACUGCUAUUACCAUAUUUUAUAUGGCCUACUACUGUUGCGAACUACUGCUGAUGGAACCUGACAAGCCUGCGAUCAGCUCCGAUAGCGGCACUGGGGAACUAUGUAUCGCACCAUUGUGCACCCUGCGGACAAAGUGAUUGCAGCAAGAAUGUGUGUGUGUGUGUGUGUAUGUGCCAUAUAUGGGGGAGGUGAGGCCGUGCCUACUGUCUGGUCUUCAUUCCUGAUCU